CUAGGGUUUGUAAGCUUUGUUCCUCCUCCGAGCCUCACACUGCAGCAGGAAGUGUGCACCGGCGACUCGUUGAAUCAGAGAUGGGUGCUGAGGUUGCUGAAGUCAAACCCAUAGUUCCAGAGUCAGUUUUGAAGAAGCAGAAGAGGGCAGAGGAGUGGGCCCUUGCAAAGGCCAAAGAACUUGAGGAAGCCAUGAAAAAGAAGGCUGACACUAGGAAGUUGAUCUGUCAAAGAGCAAAACAGUAUGCAAAGGAGUAUGCUGAACAGGAGAGGGAGUUGAUUCAAUUGAAGCGGGAAGCCAGAUUGAAGGGUGGCUUUUAUGUGAACCCUGAAGCUAAGCUUUUGUUCAUUAUUAGGAUCCGGGGUAUUAAUGCUAUGCACCCAACAACCAAGAAGAUUCUGCAGCUUCUGAGGCUGCGUCAGAUCUUUAACGGCGUCUUUCUGAAAGUGAACAAAGCUACCAUGAAUAUGCUGCACAGGGUUGAGCCUUAUGUUACCUACGGGUACCCUAACCUUAAAAGUGUCAAGGAGUUGAUAUACAAAAGGGGCUACGGAAAAGUAAACAAGCAGAGGAUUGCAUUGACCGACAACUCCAUAAUUGAGCAGUCUUUGGGCAAGAAUGAGAUAAUUUGCACAGAAGACCUCAUUCACGAGAUCUUCACCGUUGGUCCUCAUUUCAAAGAAGCCAACAACUUCUUGUGGCCAUUCCAGCUCAAAGCUCCAUUGGGCGGAUUGAAGAAGAAGAGGAAUCACUAUGUUGAAGGCGGCGAUGCUGGCAACCGCGAGGAUUACAUCAACGAGCUCAUUAGAAGAAUGAACUAAUUGUUUCAUGAGGUACUUUUUGCAUGAACCAGUUUGUUUUGCAUUAGACUUAUAUGAUAUGACGCCUUGCAGUCACCAAUUUUCAUACUAAAAAAUUUCGACUCUUCUGUUAA